CCGGCGCCGAGCUUACGUAUCGAAAGCUGGCCUUCGCGUUUCGCUAACUUUACGUGCAAUGGACUUUUACUAAAUAUAUAUAAGCGCUAAAAACAGCCUUAAUUCAAUUAGUCUGUAGUAUUAGUAUACAUGUAAGAAUAAUUUUCUUUCAAUGCAAAAACUAUCAUAUAGUGCAAAUUAGGCAAUUAAAUGUGUUAAGUAGCCACAAUGGAGUUUCUACGCGCGAAUGAAUCGGUGGAUGACUUUUAUAUGCGAUGUACGAACUUGAGUCUGUUCGACUGUAGUGAAGAAGAAAUGCUAUGGUGCGUGAUGGGGCCGAGGCGACUUCCUCUGUCGAGAAUAGUACCGAUCACAGUAUUUUUGUUGGUGAUAUUUCUGACUGGCGUCAUAGGAAACGUGGCAGUGUGCAUGGUGAUAGUGCGACACCCGGCGAUGCAUACAGACACCAAUUAUUACCUCUUUAGCUUGGCAUUGAGCGAUCUUCUCUUAUUGCUAUUUGGUCUGCCAAAUGAUCUCUCCGUGUACUGGCAUCAGUAUCCCUACAGUUUGGGCGUCGUGUUUUGCAAACUUCGUGCUCUAAUAUCUGAAGCGGCCUCCUACGUCUCCGUUCUAACGAUCGUCGCCUUCACCUUGGAGCGCUAUCUGGCAAUUUGUCAUCCGCUGCAUAUCUACGCCGUAGCAGGGCUACGACGAGCCCUACGGAUCGUGCUAGUUCUGUGGGCUCUGUCUCUGCUGGCCGCUUCACCUUUUGCACACUACACCACUGUCAACUACCACGAGUAUCCACCAGAAUCUGGAAAUAGAUCUUUGGAGUCUGCGUUCUGCGCCAUGCUGGAGCUGCCUUCGUGGUACAUUUGCGAGCUGAGUAGCUUCUUUUUCUUCAUCCUGCCCGGCCUCAUCAUCCUCUGUCUGUACGUGCGAAUGGGCUUGCGCAUUAGGUCUACACACAGCCAAAAUCCUGGCAGCCCGGGAACUUUAAAUGGUGUAAAUGGAAGCGUUCACGGCCAAGCGAGGCAGGCGCAGUCGAGGAAGAACAUUAUACGAAUGCUUGCGGCCGUAGUGAUAGCUUUCUUCGUGUGCUGGGCCCCAUUCCACUUACAACGUCUGUUCUUCAUCUACGGCAGCAGCGAGGCGCAAUACCACACUGUUAACGAGUAUCUAUUCCUGGUUGCUGGAGUAUUCUACUACAUAUCUGCUACUGUCAACCCUAUUCUCUACAAUAUUAUGAGUCAUAGAUAUCGGAUUGCGUUUAAAGAGACUCUCUGCUGUCGCAAGGUUCGACGCAAGAAGAGCCGUUAUAGAGACACCUCCAGUGUCCGUGAGACUGUGGUUAAUCAAACUACGGAAGGUACCCAACUAGUUCGCGUGCGCUCCCAUAGUCACGAGAGGAGAUCUCGUACGGAGCGCCCGCGUCGCAAUAGUUACUACGGGGCGGAGCCCUGCACACACGACCGCAGGGACCGAGGUACCAACGGUGUCGGGAGGGCUAACGAGCACAAGAAGUAUCGAUUUGCUGAUUGAUUAAUUUAAAACGUCGAUAUCGAGACGAUUAUAUGGUAUUUGUUUGUGUCUUAUAUUUACUACUUGUCUCAGAUAAAGUAUUUUCGAAGGUUUUAUCUGAAUUCAUUUGGUUGUAUUUCAAAUAAAGCAUAAUAAUUUCAUUUCACAAGAUAAAGACCACUGAAUGGCACAUUUUAGCGGGAAUAUUCACCUUUGUCUGAAAGAUGUUUUAAAUUAAUUAGAUAUAUUUGAUAAGAAUUAAACUAGUCAUAGUUAUAUUAAUAGUUAUUUCAAUAUGUUAAAGUAAAAUAUUUAUUUUUGCUAUAUGUUGUAAAUUAAUAGAGUUGUAAUGUUUAUAUUUUAACUAAAAUAAAGAAUCCAUCAAAUCUAUAAGUAUCUUGAAAAGUCACUUAUUUAGUUAUUUUUUACUUAAAGUAUUUAUUAGUUAGGAGCCUUUCUUCUUGUAUAGUCUUUAUGAAAAAAAAAAUCAGUAAACAAAAAAAUGAAUUUGAGAUUGUAUUAAGUAUUUGUAUGUUUUAAUAAUGUAUUUAUAAUAAAUGUCUUUUGAAUAUCAGUUUUAUAAUCUACCACACCUCUCAAUAAAAAAUAAAACAAAAUAAUCUGCAAUAAUUUUUCAUUUAACAACAUUAUAUUUAAAAAUUAUUAUUUUGUUCCUACUUUUAAGUAAGUCAUACUUUUAUCGAAACGGAAUGCAUCAAAUAGAAAUACUUAACAACAUAAAUGCAAAAAAGAAUUAAAUAAUACUAGUAAACUCAUUUCAAUUUAAGGUUAUGAAUAUUUUAAUGAUAAUAGUGCUUGGGUUGCGCAAGAAGGAUAUAAUAAUUGUAGCAUAAAUGAUUUAAGCCCUGCCUCUAUGCGGAAGAGUGAAUUAAUAAUAUGAGAACAAAUGACAAAAUAUAUGGUCGUCCCUAAAAAGUAGGUACGAAAGCGUAGUUUAAUUACGCCUGCAAACUAAUUGUAAACCUGAGAAAAUACAGACAUGCAAUGAAUUUAGCAUAGUUAUGUCGCGAGAUAACUUUUAAUGAAUCCUCGAAAGCAGUGCGCAGCGACAGAACUUAUGCGUGCUCUCGACUUCAGACGAUUUGUCAGAGUUACCUGACCUUAAAUAAUACUUUUGAUCCUACUAUUUAUGGACUAAUUGGCUAUUGGACCCUGAACCUACAACCACACCCAGCUGACCUUGUCGGGUUCAAUCCAGGCAGCAACACACAAAACUGUUCUGUUCCAAGAAGGAUUGUCCCGUUACAAAAUUAUAAACUUCAAAGUCAAAUCAGUUCAGGAUGGGCAGUCCGAAAAAAUACCCUUGCCGCAGAUUGCACAUUCUAGUCCAUUCUGUUUAGUAAAACCCUAAGUUAGUUGAGAUUAAAGAUGUGUCCGCUUUUUGCAACGCAUAUUGUUGCAUAGACCGCGAAGUUGUAGUGUAGUAGACGAUCGAUAUACGAUAGACAUAUUUCUAGCAAAGUUAAUGAAUACAAGUGCCAAAUAAAACGCACUUGCACGCCAUCCGUCCUCUGCCCUAUUUUUGUGGACCUCAUAGUCAUUUUUAUUAUUGAAACUGGAAGUCAAUCCAUAUUGAAACAAUCCUUUGACACUUGUUCCUACGAAUGCUGUUCGAUUUCAUAGUCGGUUCAGGUUCGUUUUCGUACGUUCAUUAUUAUUUAAUUUUGAACAAAAUUUAACUUAACU